GUUCAAUGUGGAAAUCUCUUGCUCGAUACAAGAUUUUGUGCGUGGUACUCCAAUGGCAUUGAGUUCUAUUCCCUUGGAGUUAAAAGGUUUCAAAAUAAGGAUGAUGAACGCUAUAAGGAACCUACUCAGAGCUCCACUUGCUCCACCAGAUCUAACUCCUACAAUCAUUCUACACAACACCACACCUAAUGGCAUGGAAUCUGUUGAGGACACUAUUGUUGAUUUAGUGAACAUUCCCAAAAUUGAUGAUGAUGGUAUUUUUGUUAAAGAUGCUGUUAAUGCCUUUCCAUCAGAUCUUGUAGCUGUUGAUACACACGUAAUUGCACCGGGUAAUGAAGAAGUUGCAAAGGAUCCAACAUUGAGCAAUAUCAUCAUCGCAUGUAGCUUUGUGCCUUCGUCCAAAACAGCCCAAGUAACAGAUGUAAAUUAUACGCAAGCAGACAUCUCACUGCCCUUUGAUAUCAUCCAAUCCCCUGCCCAUGCGAAUAUAGUGGAGUCCGAGUUUUGGGAUUCACAACCGGUAGCUAAGUUUGUAUUUGCUCUUCUCUAUUAUGUCCAUCUUUAUAUUCCAAUUUGCAGGCUUAAUGACGAUCUAUCAUCCAGUGGACAUAAUCUUUGGGUCAACAUUUUCUCUCCAGUCUUGAAGCAUGAGUGGGAGCCUCCACCUUGAGGACAAGGUCGCGAUCCUAAUUUGACCCAACUUAAGUAAAAUCAAUUGAAAAAUAGUUCUCAAACACCUUUGAUUUAAUUUAACAGAAGCAUAACUUGAAUUAUUUUAGAAAGAAUAAUUAGUGAAUAUUUUGGACUCAACAAAUACUCCCACACUUAGCUUCUUGCACGCCCUCGUGCAAAGUAGAUAAAACAGACAGAUUCUUAUACUUUUACUUCUCAAAACUGAACUUGCUGGAGGUGUAUGACCCUGUCAAAACUUAAUAUUGGCUCAACUUGACACAGAAUCUUCCUUAAAUUUCUAACAAGAAUAGCCCAACCAUUAACUUAAGAGAGAUUUAUUUAAACAUUCAAUUAGAAGACUUAUUCAAGCAAAACUUGUUAAAUCACUUAGAUUGCUCCAUGUUUAAGAACAUUCCUUUCCCAAAUCAGUAGCAUAAUCAAGGAUUAAUUCUAAA